GGGGCUUCGGGCUGUACCAACUACUCGGGGAGCGCAGGUGGGCCGGUGUUCUGACUAGGGCUUAGACAGCAUCUGUCCUGCAAGACACCAGCUCUCCGGACAGUGCCUCUGCGCUAGCCACUGCUCCGAGGUGGAAGGGCCGUUCCGAAGCCUCGACAUCCUCGACAGCGGUGUCUUCCCGGCUCUGGUCUCCGUAGUUCCCACCGACGGGCAAGGCAGAAGGUUCCGGAAGCCGGCCUGGUGCACUUCCGGGUCGGGGCGCGCGCGCGGCAGUAGCGGCGGCGGUGGCGGUCGGGCCUAGUCGUCGUCUCGUUCGGGCGGAGGAGGGAGCGUCCGGGAGCGUCCGGGAGGCGCAAGGAUCCCGUAGCUGACCUCCAAUGUGCAGCAAUGGAUGACGACAGUUUGGAUGAGCUUGUGGCCCACAGCCCUGGGCCAAAUGGACCUCCAAGAGUCGUCCCCUCAGAACUGGCCAGUGAAGCUGCGUGGUCCUGGCUCUCUGCUGCCUGGGUUGUGACACUGCUUCCUGGGGCCUAUGUUUUUUCACUUUGUGGUCUAGAAGAAAGUGGCAAUGGUCACAGUGGAGACUCUGAAGACUACAGUGGCAGUGAGCAUGAAGACAACACAGAUGGGGAAGAAACAGAGGGGUUGUCUGAGGAGGAAGACCCAGAAGAUAGAUCUGGUUCUGAAGAUUCAGAAGAUGGAAUAGAAACAUCAGUGGCAGCAGUGGGUACUCAAGGGAAGCUGGAAACUAGCAGCGCACUCAAUUCUGAUGAUGAUGCAGAGAGCUGCCCUAUUUGCCUCAAUGCAUUCAGAGACCAGGCUGUGGGCACUCCAGAGACCUGUGCCCACUAUUUCUGCUUGGACUGUAUUGUCGAAUGGUCUAGGAAUGCCAACUCCUGUCCAGUUGAUCGAACAGUAUUUAAAUGUAUUUGUAUUCGAGCUCGACUUGAUGGUAAAAUUUUAAAGAAGAUUCCAGUGGAAAACACUAGAGCCCGUGAGGAUGAGGAGGCUGAGGAGGAGGACCCGACCUUCUGUGAGGUGUGUGGUAGGAGUGACCGUGAGGACCGGCUCCUGCUCUGUGAUGGCUGUGAUGCUGGGUACCACAUGGAAUGUUUAGAUCCUCCUCUCCAGGAGGUACCUGUGGAUGAGUGGUUCUGCCCAGAGUGUGUCACCCCUGGUGCUGCCUCCACUCAUGACACAGCUCCUGUGAGUGAUGAGGAGGUCUCACUGUUACUGGCCGACGUGGUACCCACCACCAGCAGGCUGCGGCCUCGUGUGGGCAGGACCCGAGCCAUCGCCAGGACACGACAGAGUGAGAGAGUGAGGGCCACUGUAAACCGGAACAGGAUCUCAUCUGCCAGAAGGGUUCAGCAUGUGCCAAGAUACCUCAUGUCUUCUCUGCUGGAUGAGACUAUCGAGGCUGUCGCCACUGGUCUGAGCACUGCUGUGUACCAGCGCUCCCUGACUCCUCGUGUCCCUGCAAAACGGAAAAGGAAGGCAGGGAGACGGAAAAAAGUGCUUGGAAGAAAGACGACCCGGUCUAGGUCAUCUGUGAAAAGGAAGAGUGGGGGUCUGAGAGCCAAGAAACGCCAGCACCGUGUGAGGAAGACAAAAGGGAGAAAGAUGAAGAAUGAGGUUACAGCUCGUUCUCGAAUUGCACGGACACUGGGCCUCCGCAGGCCUGUCCGUGGCACCAGCAUGCCAUCAGUGUACAAACCAGUAGACCCCUCCCUGGGGCUAAUGAGGGCAGAUAUCGGAGCAGCUUCUCUGUCACUGUUUGGAGACCCCUACGAGCUGGACCCUUUUGACAGCAAUGAAGAACUGUCUGCAAAUCUGCCUUCCCCUCUGAGUGCCAAGAGGAGAGUGCUGUCCCGCUCGGCCUUGCAGUCUCACCAGCCUGUAGCCAGGCCUGUUGCUAUGGGGCUCUCCAGAAGGCAGCUCCCAGCUGUGGCCCCAGAGCCCAGUGUGGAGGAGGCUCCUGUUCCUGAUCUGUUGGGGAGCAUCCUGACUGGCCAGAGCCUCCUGAUGAUGAGCAGCGCUGAUGUUGUCAUCCACCGGGAUGGCUCUCUUAGCGCAAAGAGGACAGCUCCUGUUUCUCUUCAACGAAAUUCUGUGACUCAAUCCAGAGGAGAAGAUGAGUCCAGGCGCAGAGACAGCCUACAGCCUGAGGCAUCACCCUCAGGGAGCCCAUCCAAUGUCGGACUCACAGGAAGCAGGCCACAGAGCUCAGGGAUAAGCUGUGGGGACAGGUCGGCCCUACGCUGUAUCCCCGCCUACUCAGUGGGGACACCUGCGAGGCCGGAGUCAUCAUCAACCCCUGGUUCAAGUCAGGCUGGGAAGCUUUCAAAUGGGAGCAGGCCUAGCCUGAAGCAGAAUAACAGCCCCCAGUUUAAUGGCGCGAACAUGCAGGCCUUGCCUCUUCGUUCUGCCUCCUCUAAGAUCUCAGCCACUCACUCUAACUCUUCAUCUAGAAAUAUAGUCCUUAGACAGUCCCUGAAAACAGCUCCCAGGAGAGCCGACAUCUCACAGUUGCCCAGAAUACCAAAGAUCCGUAGGAAUGGCAGUGGCAGCCGACAAGACCCUGCCCCAGCCCAUGGGCAGAGCGUGGAGCUCCCCAGCACCUGCAUUAGCCGCCUGACAGGAAGGGAGGGUGCUGGACAGCCAGGGCGAGGCCGAGCUGAGAAUGAGCCCAGAAACAGGGGCCCUCAGGAGCCUGGUUCACACACGGGUGGCUCUCGGCCUCCUGCCCCCAGCUCCCAUGGCAACUUGGCCCCUCUAGGGCCUUCAAGAGGGAAAGGCAUUGGGUCAACCUUUGAGAGUUUCAGGAUCAACAUCCCCGGGAAUACUGCACACAGCAGCCAGCUGUCCAGCCCUGGCUUCUGUAACACAUUCCGGCCAGUGGAUAGCAAAGUGCAGAGGAAGGAGAACCCUUCGCCACUCUUCUCCAUCAAGAAGCCGAAGCAACUCAAGAGUGAAAUCUAUGACCCCUUUGACCCCACUGGCUCUGACUCUAGUCCUCCUACCAGCAGCCCAGAGAGUAUUGGCCCAGGCCUUCUGCCAUCUGAGAUCACGAGAACAAUCUCCAUCAACAGCCCAAAAGCCCCAGCCUUCCAGGCUGUGCGCUGUGUUACCUCCUACAGGGUGGAAAGCAUCUUUGAUACUGAGGUGGAACCUGAGCCCCAGCCCCCUGGUGAGCCCAUGUCUGGCAUGUUCAAGUUCCUGGGCAAGGGGCCUGCUGAGGGAGCCUCUGACUUGGAGCAAGAAAGGCUAGGUGAGGUGGAGCAUCCAGAAAUCGAGGGUUCCAUAGCCCAGACACACAGGCCAUCCCCACAAGACCCCUGGGAAGAUGAGGAUGGAAUGUCCUGUACACCCUUCUUUGGUUCUGAGGAGCGGACAGUGACAUGUGUGACUGUCAUGGAGCCAGAUGUUCCACAGGUCACCACACAUAGGAUUGUAGAGCUGAGAACCCCAUCCCGAUCCCGUUCCACCUCUAGCUCCCGAAGCAAGAAGAAAACCAAGAAGAAGAGGGCUGCCAGGGAGCACCAGAGGACACGCUCUAGCACUCGCUCUGGCUCCAGGGACAGGACCUCACGUUCGGUAUCGCCCGUGGUCGAGGAGCACACCAAGAGGCACAGGGCCAAGACCAAGAGCCGGAGGUCUUCCAGCGACCGUGCCAGCAGCCAGGAGAGAGUGAAGAGGAGGAAGACCAGGGACAGGGACAGGGAGCGGAGACGGGGCUCCUGGAGCCAUGGCAGGUGCCGCAGGAAGUCCAGGUCUCACUCAGGCAGUCCUGGCAGUUCUUCCUGUGAGCGCCAUGAAAGCAGGAAGCGGAAGAGGCGACGCUCAGGCUCCAGGUCUCGGGGCAAGGACUGCUCUUCCCCCAGCAACCUAGAGCGGGCCAGGAGACACAAGCACCGGGAACGGAGCCGGAGCCGAGACAAGAAAGACAGUAUGACCUGGUCCCGGGAGAGGAGGAGGUGGAGGUCUAGAUCACCAAGCUUGGAGCAUAGGCCACGGCGGCCACGUUCCCGAGAGAAGCGGCCCCGUUCCCCAGAGAAGGCUCCAGCUGUGAAGGAAGCUUCCCCAGCCCCCACUGCUCAGGAGGAGCUGAGGCAAGAUGAAGACCGCCCGGCUAAACCUUCAGUCUCCGAGGAAGUGAGUGUCCUGCCAGAGGUGGUUGUGGCUGACCUGAACCCCCCAGAAAUGCCCCCUGUCCUGGCAGUGCCAGCUGAAUCUGUGCCUGAGGACUUGGACUAUGGUGACUCUGUGGAAGCAGGGCACGUCUUUGAGGAUUUUUCAAGUGAAGCCAUCUUUAUCCAGCUUGAUGACAUGAGUUCACCUCCUUCCCCUGAGAGUACAGACUCCUCCCCAGAACGAGACUUCCCACCAAAUCCUGUGGUGCCCCCAGCCAUCCAGCCACAGGAUGCCAGUCUGGCUGCCAUCCAGAGGGAAGUGUCCCUGAUCCACAGUGAAGACAUCUCUCAGCCCACACCACAGGCAGAGGGCCCUUCAGACCAGUACCUGCUCAGGCAGGACGCUGUAGAGACCAUUGCCAUGACUCCCAGCACCAUGGGUGUGGUACCCAUGGGAAAAGACAGCCCCUUGCUGAGUGGGAGAGGGUGUGAAGCAGUCAGGUCCAAGGAGACAGUGGUCCAGGCCCCUCUGCUACGGGCCAGGGCCCUUGUAAAAAGAGUCACCUGGAACCUACAGGAGGCAGAGGAUGGUACUCCAGCCCUGGACAGAGUUCCAAGGACACCACUUCAGAGGCCACAGAGGCCCCGGGAAGGAGACUGGGAUGCAGAGGACGGGGCCCUCGUAGGAGUUCAGCAGGCACCAUUCUCCGAGCUGCCCCCUCCCAUCCACGUGCUCCAGGAGUCUGGGUUACCUGAUGCAGACCCCUCUCAGCCCCCUGGUGCUUCCAGGGCAGAAGAGGUGCCAGCUGUUGGGACUCUGCACUCAGCAGAGGGUAUUCUUGCCCAAGUUUACAACCCCAACAUGCCACCACCCCUGGCUCAGCCAUCAAGCAUCCUGCCCUACACCCUCGUCAGUCAGCCCUCGGUCCAGUUAAUCCUGCAGGGGACCCUUCCCCUGGCUGGCUGUGGCACAGCACAGACCCUGGCCCCAGUGCCUAAUGUUCCAGCUGUAGCCUCAGAGCUGGCUGUUCUAACCAACAACAGCAGCUCUGAGGAGAGGACCAGCACUCCCAAGCCAGCCGCCGAGAAGACCAAGAAGGAAGAGUACUUGAAGAAGCUGCACAUGCAGGAGCGGGCUGUGGAGGAGGUGAAGCUGGCCAUUAAGCCCUUCUACCAGAAGAGAGAGGUGACCAAGGAGGAAUACAAGGACAUCCUGCGGAAAGCUGUGCAGAAGAUCUGCCACAGCAAGAGCGGCGAGAUCAACCCUGUGAAGGUGGCCAAUCUGGUAAAGGCCUAUGUGGACAAGUAUAGGCACAUGCGCAGGCACAAGAAGACUGAAGCUGGGGAGGAGCCACCUGCCCAGGGUGCCGAGACCUGAGGCCAGCCACUGUGGGGAGGUGUCCCCACUGGGAAAGAAUUGGGGCCACCCUCAGCACUCGACUCCCAUGACACCUGUCUUGCUUACAAUUGAAAACUGGACUUUUUAUAUGUAUAUUAUAGAUACACUGUUUCCAUUGUGUUCUAAUUUAUCAAAAAAUGGCUUAUCUUUAGAAAUUUU